AUGAAAUUAUUAAACUCUGGUAUUUGGGUAACGGGGUUGCUUCUCGGUUUAGCCACUGCUUUUGACUGCAGUGCUAAGGAACUCACGGACUACAACUUUGAAGCAAUCAAAGGGGUUCAUAAGGUAGAAGUGACAAAGAAUACCCCCCCUUCCACAACUAUCUCAGAUUGGUAUUUGGGGGUUUGUCAGAAUGUAGCUGAUGUCAAGGAAUGUCCAGCUAACUCGGAUAUCUGCGGGAUAACUCAAAUUAAAGUGGAUGAUAAGUCCAUAGUUUCAGAGAUCUUUGGAGUGAACUCCAAUUUCGAAAAGGAAUUCAAGAUUGAUGAUUCUACUAUCAAGUUUCAUUAUUCUAAUGUGAACUGGGGUGAUAAUUUGGUGGAUGUACAAGUAUUCUUUAUUUGUUCAGAAGACGAAAAGGAUGCCAACUAUAAUAAACUUCAAUUACUGCAAUGGAAUGGAGAAUCUGUGAUUUUAAAGAUGUCUACAAAUGGAGCUUGUGCCAAAUCAAAAGAUAAUAAAGAUAACAAAAAAAAUGCUGAUAAGAAAAAGCCAAAUGAAGACACAGGAGAGUCUUGGGGUUGGUUCACUUGGAUUUUCAUUUUCAUGGUUCUUUUCUUGAGUAUUUAUAUUAUUGGUGGAGCAUGGUUCCAAUAUAAUAAGGGUAAUUCUAUUGAUUUCAAAAGUGCGUUGCACGAAGUUUUAGAGAAUUUCAUUGAUUUACUUAAAGGCCUUCCAUCAUUUCUCAAGGAGAUUAUUGAGAAGUUCACUGGUAGUUCUCAUAGAGGAGAAUACAGCGCUGUGUAA